UUUCUGGUAGCAUUGCUAGCAACAGGUCGUUUGAGUUGUUUGGUGUAAAGGCAUGGUGAGGUACGGGGACGGGGCAUACACAAAAGAACUUGUAUCUUGAUCGGACGUUGUCGCUUCGCCUGACUAGCAACGAUACGUUAAAAAGUGCUUUUUAUUUCGUCUACAAGCAAUCGUACGACAGGGUCAUCCAUUCGCGCGUAACCGUUACGAAAGAUGAAUUUUGAAUGACGUAGUAGGUUAUUAUCUCUUCAUAUUCUAACGUUUGCUGGUUCAAUUUUCUUCGAUAUCUAUGGGAGUUCCAGUACGUGAAUCUUAAACGCAUUUCAUCAAGUUUAUUUGUACAGUUUAUCUCUGGUAGCAACUAAAAGAUGCCUUCAGAUGAUCAGGGCCUCACACGUAAGGCGUAUUUUAAGUUCAACAAUAAACAUGAAGAGGCACGAAGAAGGAGAAAUGCAGCAUCGGUAGAGCUGCGUAAAGCUAAAAAAGAUGAUCAAUUAUCGAAACGACGUAAUCUCAACUGUGAAGAAAAAGAAUCAAAUCCACAGAUUGAAGAAUCAACCACUUUUACGUUUUCUUUAGAUGAACUUAUACAGAGUAUUAAAUCAUCAGACGAAACGACGCGAUUGCUAGCGACACAGACAUGCAGAAAGUUGUUGAGUCGAGAGAAAAAUCCCCCUAUAAACGAUAUGAUAGAGGCUGGUAUAGUGCCGUGUUGCAUUGAGCUGUUGGAUUAUGAUCAUAACAUCCCUUUACAGUUUGAAGCGGCAUGGGUAUUGACUAAUAUAGCUUCUGGUACCUCUGUGCAAACACAAACCGUUAUAAAAUGUGGAGCUGUACAAAAAUUAGUGAGAUUGCUCAAGUCUGAGUCAUCGAAUGUUGCAGAACAAGCAGUAUGGGCUUUGGGAAAUAUAGCCGGAGAUGGACCCACUGCGCGUGAUUUUGUUCUUACAAACGAAGCUAUGCCUCAGUUGCUCGAACUGAUUAGACCUGACAUUUCCGUGACAUUUUUGCGUAACAUUGUUUGGACUCUGUCCAAUUUAUGCCGUAAUAAGAAUCCACCCCCUUCGUUUGAGAUGAUCCAACCUGCUCUUGCGAUAUUCAUUCGUUUGCUUACUAAUACGGAUCAAGAUGUACUCGCUGAUACCUGUUGGGCCCUCUCUUAUCUUUCCGACGGCUCCAACGAUAAGAUACAGGCGAUACUGGACACUGGAAUCAUACCGUUACUCGUGGAGUUGUUAAAAUCACAGCAAACAAGUGUCCUCACUCCAGCGUUGCGCACGGUUGGAAAUAUAGUGACAGGUGAUGAUGCUCAAACGGACGCUGUAAUUUCUGCCGGAGCAUUGCCGCACCUCGGUGCUUUAUUGCGACACAGUCGUAGUAACAUCGUGAAGGAGGCUGCUUGGGCAAUCAGCAAUAUUACGGCUGGUAAUGCGGGACAGAUUCAACAUGUGAUAAAUGCUAACUUAUUAACGCCAUUGGUAGAAGUGCUUCAGUUCGGAGAUUAUAAAGCACAAAAGGAAGCUGCAUGGGCUGUAACCAACUUAACGUCAGGUGGAACAGUUCAGCAUCUGAGUCAAUUGGUGGCGGCGGGUGUAUUGCCAUAUUUUUGUAAUUUAUUGGACUCGAAGGAUUGGAAUACUGUUAUCGUUGUCUUAGAUGGUCUGUCUAAUCUCUUGCACACUGCGGCGAAAAUGGGAGAGGAAACCAAUCUUGCCAUUUUAAUCGAAGAAAUCGGAGCGUUAGAUAAGCUGGAGGCUCUUCAGCAUCAUGAGAAUGAGCAAGUUUAUAUGAAAUCUAUGGCUCUGAUCGAUGCAUAUUUCACCGAAAAGGAUACCGAAGAGGUGGGGACUCUUACUCCCAAGGUUGAGGAUAAUAAUCAACUUCAAUUCGAUGUAUUGAAGAACCCAUCGAUGGAUCAAUUUAAAUUUUGAAUGUGUAUACCUUUAUAUUUGGAUUAUAUAAAAUAUCGUAAGUUGUAGAGUUUGUAGAACAUGUUAUAAUGUUUGAAAAAUAAGGUCGUUGCUUUUAUAAUACUUUUUUUUUUAAUAAUGUAUAAAAGGAUGAGAUCGCAAUUCAUUUGAAUAAUCGAUUUGCCACGUCCAAAUGUAAAUUUUUCUCACCAUCGUGUCAUGUAUUGUUGCAACUUGAUUGUAUAAUUUAGUCUGGUACUAAUUUUUAAUUUUUGCUGUCCGUGAUAGUUUUCAGACGUAUAUAAAAUGUUAUUACAUUAAUUAAUUUUGCAAAUGAUAAGGCUUUCGGUAUAUGAAUCGAUUAUAGAGAUAAGAGCGCAACAAAAAUAAUCGACCUUAGAUAUUAAUUUCAUUGAAGAAAACAAUGCAACUUAAUCUUGUUUUAUUCUUCCUUUUUUUAUACAAGAAAUAUGAUUAUUA